AGCUAGGUGAUAUUCAUUAAACAAUACAAAAUGGGGAAUGUAAACAAAGCAAUGAGUGAAAGUGUCACAAGAAACCAAGAGUUUAUGCUUGCCAGUCAAAGAGAACAGCUGGAACGUCAAAUCCACCUUCAAAAUGAGAUGAGGGAGAAAAUGCUUGCUCUGCAAAUAGCUCGGUCUCGAGAGAUGCUCUACUGGUUUGGGGCCUUCUAUAUAAUUGCUGGUGUUGGUAUGAUUGCUGGGUAUCGGAGAUCUCGUAAGCCAGGCACUCUGGUCCCUCUACUGCCCCUCACCUUCAUAUUGGGCUACCAGACUGACAUGUGCUAUGGCUCUAAGCUGGCUAGACUCAAGAUGGAGGCUGAGAAUAUCCUGGGAUUUGAGCGUGAGCUCGUUGCCCUGCCUGGAGGCCUGCCCACCCCAGCCUCCCUGGAUGAAGCGAGGAUGCGGCAGGAGGAGGCUCGACGGCUCAACAAGGAUUUUGGAGUGGCAUCGCCGAUGUGACUACCGAAACUUUUGACAGAGCCCCACCCAUCGUUUCGCAGGCAAUGUAUCAACACAAGAGUGGUCAUUACUGAGCGAUGCUUCCGUACUGGACGGUCAUCCUGCCUCGUUCAUGGAAUUGUUACCGAAGAGCUCGUAGGGGUCAAAGCAGCGAACAAGACAUAGCUUCUUGAUGCCUCUUGUCUUCAGUCUUGCGCGAAUUUAUUUGUCACUCCCACCAUUAUAUAAAGUAUCCUUAUUAUAUCAAUUCAGAUAUAAUUAAAGAUGAUCAAAUGAAUAAACUAGGCUUUUGUUUGUCAACGCUGGCCGGAGUCGCGCAGUGAAGUGGAGUUCAUGACAGCAUGCGCAUCUGUUUACUGCACAAGGUACGAUGUUUGGUAUUGCUUGUUGAAUUCAAUAGUCAAAGUGUUUAUUUGUAUUGUGCCGUCGGCUUUUAAGCGUGGGUUUGAGCUUUAUUAUGCGGCGAUGUAGCACUACCACUCCAGUUUCGAAUCUUCGUCAUCGUCGAAUCAUCGAGGCAUGAAUAUUUUCUCUCUUAUAAAACCUUUAUUUUAUUCUCGGACCAGGCGUGCUAGAAUUCUUGAUUUUUGGAGAAUUGUUUCGUAUUUUAUUUUUAUGUAUAUUAUGAUUGUUUACGGUUAUGGUAUCAUAUGCCAAGAUAGUUAUAAUAAUACUACUAUAACAAAUACUAGUGCAAAACUGCUGGCAUUUAGCGGCAUAACUCAGUGUGCAGGUCUGAGCUUGUAUUUAGAAGCACGCACAAAAAUUUAAUACUCAGCGGUGCUAUUGCCUUGAUACUGAAGUAGCGUAAGAUUAAAACAAAGUCAGCUUUUCAACCUAGCUCAACAGUAAAGUUCUUGAAUCUUUUUUGAGAUACAACAGGUUCGUGAAUACUUUAUCGUUUUGAAAUCUGAAAAAUUCUGUCAAAUGCAGUUGACGGCCGUAGGCUUUUAUUUGCAUUUAAAUUUCUUGAUAAGCAGUCAGGUUUACGGUUUUUGUUUAUUGCAGACUCUUGCGAAAUGUUUCAUUCAUAUGUUGCUGCAUACAAUCAUUGCCAUUCAUUAGAAAACUUAACACUUAUGUAUUCAUCUGCAUGCACUCAUUCACAACAAUCACUCGCCUUCAAAUUUUUCUCGUGGUAUCAGUUUUUCUCAUGUGAACAGAAACAUUAUUUUUUUUAUUAUGCUUAUUAUUAUUAGAUUACGUCCUCCUUGACCUAUCUUAAAAACGUUCCUGUUGACUUUUUUCAUUUUCGGCCAGAGUUCUGAAAAGCGUCGUUGAAUGGUUGAUGAUUUAAUUAUAAUGGUAAGUCAAUUAGUAAUUUUAUUUUAGAGAUAC